AUGUACAGAUCAGCGAGCUGGAACCGCGUGCCGGAAGACUACUCGUCCGCACCGCCCAAGGGACUGUGGAUGGGCUCCAUGGUGGGUCCCCUCGAGGAGGAGGAACCAGCUUCCUACAAUAAUCCACCAGAGGAGAUGGUUAAGAAGGACAAGUCACGUGCCAAGUUCGCAGAAAACGCUAUUCACAUCAUUCCUUUUGUCCUUCUUGCAUGCGCUCUCGUCCUUUGGCUCUUCUCGAAUCCAGAUGUAGAUGUUGGGAUGAGAGAGGAAUCCAUUGCCGCUAGGAUUGAAGGAUUGACGAUCGAAGGAGACAUCGACAACGACAGCGAUGGAACUCAGACUGGUUUCUUGGGCGCCACCUUAGAACUCGGUGUUGAUUCAGACAAACCACACAAUGUUGAUCGAAACAGACGAGCUUCAAGGAAACUGAUUAAAGGUUUCUACUAG